AUGACUACAAAGAGAAAAAAUCAUGUUGAUGAAAUUCAAAGAUAUAAAGCUAGUUGGACGGAUCUUAAAGUUAACGAAAUAUUCAUUCAAGCAUGUAUGGAUCAAGUUACGAAAGGUGAGCGCAUUGGAACUAGCUUUACCAAGACGGGUUGGAAAAACAUUGUUUCUCAAUUUAAUGGAUCAUCCGGGAGAAAUUAUGACAAGACAAAAUUGAAGAAUAGAUAUGAUAGCUUGAGAAAGGAAUGGAGAGCAUGGUUUAAUUUAUUUGGAAAAGUUACCGGAAUGGGGUGGGAUAGUGAGAAGAAUUCAUUAGUACUAUAUUUCAAUUUAAAUUAG